GUCCUUAUAUGGGUCAAUCCUGUUAUGCAAAACAUUUUCAUGUCCCUAUCACAUUUUAAAUAGGCCUGUAUUGUGUAAAUAUAGUUGCCUGAGCUUGAAAAUAUGGGUUAAUCUUCACAAAUAUGCUUCUAUUUUGUGUUGCAGAGUUCAUGAGGUGCCGCAUAGCAGAUCUGACACUUAAAGCUCAUUUAUAUUUCCCGCCGCGUGCCUUUGACACGCAGAGGAAACGUCACUACGAGAGAUCAGCACCUUGGACAGCGGCGCCCGUCAAAAUUCAGCAUUCUUGGAAUCUCCCACGGGAGAAUGGAGCAGGAGCGCGCACGGCAGCGACACGUUUGUAAAUGAAUCGUUUUGAUUGGGCGAGAGCGCGCCUUGGAAACAAGCGCCGUAUGUUGACGGCAGAACGUCCAUUUCGAGGAUGAAUCAGAGGGGAGCAGCAUCAACAUCACAUUACGAUCCAAAGCAGCAGCAGCUCAGACUAACUACUACACCCUGCGAAGAAGUAAAAUAGGCGAACCUGCGCACGGUGCCUUUUAUAUUUCCGUUCUGGAGGCCCCAUCUUCCUUUGAACGUGGCGAGGAACCAUAUCGGCCGGGAGGGUUGAUGGUGGUGAACUUCAGAUGGAGCCAAGAUGCUUGCAUUUUCCCCCAGCUCUUCAGAAAAUACUGCCAUUAUUAUUGCUGUUUCUAAAACACCAACCUAAUGGAUUGUUUUGAGCUCUGCGUUUGGGAUGGGAGGUGGCGUUGGAAUUUGUCGAUUGGAAGGUGCACAAGGAAAUGAUGUGAAAGCUUCGUCAUGACGCCUCUGAUGAACAAUAAACAAAACUAUAGGAUUGCACCCGAAGCCAACUUCCAGCUCUUUUGGAUUAUGUUUUUAUGCUGAAGGAUCCCCCGACGAUAACUGUAUGUGGCAGCGAUGCUCUGAAAUGCCAUUUUGCAUCUUCCUUGUCUCUCAUCCGUGCGUCCAGGCUUUGGAUUGCUGGGAGUUUAUGAAAAUUACAUCUCUUUAGACAUGGAACAAUGCAUUGCUGGCUAUUUAUUGCAAUACCAUUUGCUUUUUAUUGUCAUCCUCUCGCCCUAUCAUGAUUGUAUCAGAGAAACAACAUCGGCCCUAACAGGCACAUACAUAAGCCCAAAGAUUUUUCUGUCCAAUUACCUUUGGUUUGGACACUUUCCUCUGAGACUUCAGGGUAGCAACUGCGUUUCUGUCAAAUAAAAUAUUAAUAAUAGGCCUGAGGUGAUCAAUAACAGCAACAACAAUUAUAAUAAUACUAAUAAAAACAACAACAUUAAUAAUGCAUAAACAUAAUAAUAUGAUAUAAUAAUAACAACAAUAAUUAGUAAUAAUAUUCACACAUAUAUAUAAAUCAAUACAAAUUAAAUUCCGAAAAAAAUAAUAAUCACCCCUUUCGCAAACCAUAAAAAAAUUAACUUAAGCCAUACGACAUACUCAUGUAGUCAAACAUGUUCAAGAACCGGAUCCGCAUGUUUUUUAACGAACUGAAGGUGCUGGUUUUCAUGCGAUCCGGUUCUGGACGCUCCGACAGUGACGCAGAGCCGAACAGACCCAGCAGCAGCAUGAGGGGGCUCGGGAUGGGCGGCUGCGGUUGGCCGCCCUUCGCUGACUGCUCCAGCCGCGACGACGAGGAAGAAUACUACGGAAGCGACCCCAGGCCCAGGAGUCUGGCGUUUGAGGAGAAAGACCCGAGACUGCAGGCGGGCCUGGACGCGGUCAGCCUCUCCAGCAGCACGGGCAGCGGCAUGAGAACACCUCAGUGUCGAAUCUGCUUCCAAGGGCCCGAGCAGGGGGAGCUGUUGAGCCCAUGCCGCUGCGACGGCUCCGUGCGCUGCACCCACCAGCCCUGUCUGAUUCGCUGGAUCAGCGAGAGAGGCUCCUGGAGCUGUGAGCUCUGCUACUUCAAGUACCAAGUCCUGGCCAUCAGCACCAAGAACCCUCUGCAGUGGCAGGCGAUUUCUCUGACGGUGAUUGAGAAGGUGCAGAUCGCUGCCAUUAUCCUGGGCUCACUCUUCCUCCUCGCCAGUAUCUCGUGGCUGGUGUGGUCUUCUCUCAGCCCGUCGGCCAAGUGGCAGCGCCAGGACCUGCUCUUCCAGAUCUGCUACGGCAUGUACGGCUUCAUGGACAUUGUGUGCAUAGGCCUCAUAAUCCACGAGGGCUCAUCCGUGUACAGAAUCUUCAAGCGAUGGCAGGCUGUAAACCAGCAGUGGAAAGUACUGAACUAUGAGAAGUCGAAGGACUUGGGAGACCCGGUGAGCUCCAGCAGUAAGGCAGGCAUCCGCGGUGCACGCAGCACCCCUCACGGCCUGGCCAGCGGCAGCAGGGGGCGCCAGCGAGUGCGCCGGCUAAGGACUAUCCUCAACCACCACUGCGGCUACACCAUCCUCCACAUCCUCAGCCAGCUGCGGCCCAGCGACACGCGGCUCGGGACCGCCACCAACCGCGAGGUGGUGAUGCGGGUCACGACCGUAUGAGGUCGGAGACAGAAACAAACACGAAUUUUAGGCUCCAAAAGACGCAAUGAUCACGAUUUUCCUUGCAUAACGGACAAGAAUGCACACAAACAAUGCGUAGGACAUUGGCGCCAUUAAUUCCUGGAGUUUCUGUUGGCGAGACUCUCUCAUGAUCUAGCACACUAUUGCAUUUUUUAAGUUGGGUUUCCUCGACGGUGUUGUUUUUUUACCGAUACGGUUU